AUGUCGGAGUAUCAGAUAUCCAGUGUGUAUUUCUCGCGAAAGAACAAACUGCUACUGCUGAUAUGUGUCUUCUUCUUCUCCUGCUCAACACAUAUAUUUAAAAAUGUGUUUCCCUUCCUGUUUAUGCUAACUGGAGUGCGCAACGAAAUCGAUCUUGAUAAUGUGGUUCAUCAGGAGGGAGGGUUACCCGCAAGGAAAGAUGAAGUCGGAAGUACAACUAAGGGAGAAGGUAAAAAUUCGGAUAUGUCUGGAGAGUUCGAUUCGUUUGAAGAGUUCGAUGUAAUUUCCUUGAGUAAUGAUUCUCCCGGGGGGAGCCCCCUCCCCCCACCUGUCACUGUCUCUCACGAAUCCAUGCACAGCUCCACCUACUUCCAAACCAAGGAUGGAAACAGUCAGUCCAUCUAUCUCUACAGUAACAUCCUUUCACUCAUCUAUUGUAGUUCUCUGGUAACGUAUAUUUUCAUUCUGAUAUUCGAUCUGGGAAAAAAGAAUUACGUUGUAAACACCUUCUACAUCGUGAACUUGGUUUCUCACUUUAUCAUAUUUAUCCUUCUGAGUGAUAUUCAAAUGAGGAAUACAGAUUUGCGUGUAGUCACCAGGGACGUGGACACGAGCAUGUCGACAAGGGGAAUGCCUCCCGUUGGUAAGUUAUGGUCAGGAGGCUAUCCAGGAACGGAGAGAAUAAUUUCUCCAAAUGAUAUAUUAGCAAAAAGGAGGGACAUCAACUUUUACUUUAAGAGGAACGUGCAGGAUAGGCUGAAGGCAUGGGAGUUCCUCAGCGUGGGGUUCUUCCAGAGAAGUGUCGUGGAGUUUAUUCUAACAGAUGUGAGAACGGCUAGCAGCGAAGUGAAUAGUGGGAAAGAAGAUAAAAAUAAUAAUGACAAAGACGUAGCGUAUACAUACGAAAGGAAGUACUUGAAGUUCUUGUACCUGUUCAUUAUUAUCAGCUCCAUAUGCAGUGGAUACAUAAAAAUAUACCAGAAGAGGAUCAUGUACUGUAUUUUUUACGUAAACAUUGGAGUAAUCACAUCUUUGCUCAUCCUAAUGAACAGUCUAUUUAAGUUGUUUGCUCAUUCCCUGAACUACGUAGUUACAAGCAACAACUCUAAAACGGAUAUUAGCGACUACAUCAUUCUCUUCCUAGUUAUAGAUAUGUUUGGUCUCUUAAUGAUGCUGAUAUUUACGUACAGGUGGUUUUAUCAAAAGAACCUGUGGGUUAAUAUGCAUACCAUUUUCUACAACUACAAAUAUGUGUGCUUCUAUCACAAGGAGACUUACUAUCUGUACUCCCUCGACAAGCAGAUAGAUAAUAUUCUGGUACACAUCGAUAUGUGUGGGGAUGAAAAUAUUAAAAUUACCUUCUGUGCAUAUAUGAAUUUGAAGAAAUCCAUUUUUUAUGAUUACCUAUGCCUUAACAAGUUUAGGAAGAACAAACUUCGCAUUCUGGAAAUUGCAGAUGAUAAUCUUCAGGUGAAGAGUACCUACAAGAUGGUGGAUCCUCCCAUGGAAACGGAUACACCCAACCGACAACUCCAUCAUCCUAGCCAAGUGGAACAACAUGGUACCCCACCCUUAACACCCACUACUCCCUUUACUAGGAAGAAAAAUCACAGCUAUACCAUGAAGCCAUACAAAAUAUGCAUAGAACCUUUGAAUAGCUUAGCCAAUUUACAACCCAACGGGGAGGAGGGCACAUUAGCGGAUGGAUACUUGGCGAGUAGCCAUUUGACGGAUAGCCGAUAUACCAAUGAGAAAAAUAAAGACCAUCUACAAAUGAACGCUGAUGUUGUGGAUGAGGGAGAUGUGAAAACAGGGACGAAUGGGGAGAUUACUAAAUGUGUAAAGAAACAGAAGAGGAGAUUAUCCAAGGGGGAUUCUGUUCACUUCCUGGAUCAACAGGAGGGGCAAGAGCCUUACGCGCGAGUAGAAAAAUACACAGAUAUACCCCAUGAAUAUACUACCCAGGAACGAUCGUAUGAGGGGAUAAAAGUGAACGGAGAAAAUGGAGCAAACGAUGUGGAGAGUAAGAAACUCUACAUGGAAGAAGACGUAGAAACUGAAGAAAGAGAAGAACAGAAGAGGAAUAUUUUAUUCAUCCCAAAUUACGAUGAUGAAUGUAACAGAAAUGUAGACUACAGCGAUGAGUGGGAGUUGUUCGACGACAAAGACGAUAUGAACACCAGGGAUAGUGCGGGGGGUUCCUUUCUCAGUAGAGCAGAAGAAAAGGACAGCCAUGUGAAGAAGAAACUUUUGAAUAUCUAUCAAGGGAUUAAAAAAUUCAGCUCCUCUUUCACAUUUUAUUUUUUCUUCUUCAUUUUUAUCUAUGCCUUUUUGUUGUCUAUUAUGCAUAUUUUUAUUAACUACUUUUUUUAUAUUUAUCUGUUUGUUUUUAACAUUAACAUUUAUGUGUCUAAUGUAUACACCAUUAUCAUGACAUUCGUUUCGCUUAUCGCUAUUCCUUUUUCCGGAUACAUUGUUGAUAAUAUAGGAUCCUUCUUGUCCCUCCUGCUGUGCUCGUCGUCUUUCAUCUUGGUGGCCAUAUCGGGAUCCAUAUACUGCUACAAGUUUAACCUCAAUUCGGAAGCCCUCGCCUUUCUCUUCUUCAACCUCAUAGGUAUCAGCGAGUCUAUCAUCCCGACGGUUAUCAUUUCCCAGAUCCCCACUCAUCUGUGCGUGAAGAAUAAUGAAGAUAUCACUUCAGCCUUUGCCUUUUUCGAGUUAGUUACGAUGAUUAUUAUAAGUUUGAACAAUUACGUUUUUGGUUGUUUCUUAAUUAAAGAAGAAUACCUAAAGGGUUUGUAUGUACUUUUUUUUUUCGUCAUCCUGGUGAUCAGCCUUAUCCUUCUUUUAAUUGUCACCAUUUACAUCAAGAAGAAGCGGAGCGUGCGUGCGUACAAGAGCCCACGGAACGCCGACCUCGCACAGCCUCUCCUCUGA